GGAGAAUUCUGAUUAAUAAAUGAUGUUCUUCUGUUGUUUGUAUUUUUUUUAUGUGAUUUUUGACAGGAAAGAGUGUUUCUCUAGAUUUCUGAGUAAAAAAAAUGCAUGUUUGAUGGUGGUGACUGUGAUUUUGAUGAUACUAGUGCAUUAGAAAAGGGUCAUUUGGUGUUUUUAAAGUGCUCAUUUUUAUUGUUAUUUUAAUGGUGUUUAUGCAUAUGGAAUGAGUGUUCCACCUGAAGUUGGACCAAAGUCCAAAAAGAUUGAAUCUUUUUAUGUUAUUUCAUUUAUUUGUGAUUCUGAUGCUUUAAUGAAGUGUGUUUCAACAGAAUUUUGAGCAAAAUACAGAACCAUUCAAUGCUUUUCAUUUAAUUUGGUUCCUUUUUUUCUUGUGUGAUUCUGUUGAUACUGUUAUUCUUUUAGGAUUUUUUAUUCACCUUAUGUGGAUUCGUGUCGGGUCGGAGCCAGGUAGGGCCCGGAGGGGUUCAUCCGUAGUCGGAACCUCUAUUGAUAGAAAAUUACAUUGUUUAUACAUGAAUAAAAAUUAUCUUUUAUCUAUAUAGUAGACGCCGAACCUUCUUUGGCUUUUUCAUGUGUUUAUUUCCUCAGAUUUUGAACCUCUUGGUAAACUUUUUGGCUCCGCCAUGGUUUUGUGUGAUUCUGAUGUUAUUAAUGCACAGGAAAAGAGUGUUUCCACAGAAUUUCAAGUAAAACACAUACCAAUUUGAUUAUUGUUCUUCUAUUUUGUGUGAUUCUUGAUAUUAUUGAUGCACAGGAAAAGAGUGUUUCCAAAGAACUUCAAGAAAAGAGUGUUCCCUGGUGGGAGCUCAACCAAUGUGCAGGUGCCGGAAGUCUCAUCUACGAUUGCUCGGAUUUCAAAAUCAGAGAAUGCUAAACAGAAGGAGCCUAUUCACCAUGGAGAUGUUGACAUGAAAGGAGGUGAUAAUGAUGUGAUGUUCAUUGAUGGGAAUACUGGAUCCCGUGGCAAAGGGAAGGAUUUUCUCGAGCUAUCCCUUGGCUAUGGUGAUUCAGCAUAUAGUGUUGGACCGAGUCAAGUUCAGUCUUCGAAGAAGCACUGCCCUUCAGAAUCAGGUGAAGUGCCUGCGAACCUAUUUUAUGAAGAUAAUCCGUCUAUUGACAUGUACUUUAGUGAGCUUGCAAAUUAUGACUAUGCCAUUUUGCAAUCACAUUUUGAUCAUAUGGAUACUCCACCUGGAGUUGAGGUUCCAAUCCCAUGGAUGUCUGGUUUUGCUAAAGCUAAAAUGGCAUCAGCCACUACAAGCACAUCGUCCACUUCAAAAGCUCUGAGUUCUCCUUUUGGAAGAGAAACCCCUGAGGUACUAAAGUACCCGUCCACUUCAAUUUAUGACUUAAAUCAUAUUUUUAAGCCUACACCAGUUGAGCUAUCUUCGUCAUCUCUGGGACCUGCUGUUGUCGAGGGCAAAUUUUCUGCCAAAGCAAACUCAAAGGGGAUAUGUUUUAAAGAACAAAAUGGUUCUACAAAUGUUUCGCCCGGGGUAGAAAAAUCUCUUAACGUUCAAGGGUCUCAUCUUAGAAGGAAGAUACAUUUAUCCCCUGGAACAGUUUCUCAGAGUUGGCAUACACCAUCUAUUCCUGGUGGAGUUCCGUUCCCUACAGCUCACUUUGUACCUCCACCAAUGCCUAGUUGGAUGAAUUUACCCCCUAAUAUGCCAACUGCUCAAGCUUCUUCAGGGUUUAUGCUCGCACCAGGUGCUAUGAACCCUCUCCCUCUGCAUCAGGUUCAUCCAGGGUUUAUGCUUGCACCAGGUGAUAUGAACCUUCUCCCUCUGCAUCAGGUUCAUCCAGGGUUUAUGCUUGCAACAGGUGAUAUGAUCUCUCUUCCACUAGAACAGGUUCAUCCAGGGUAUAUUAUCCCACCAGAUACUAUGAACUAUUUUCUUCCAGAACUGCUUUCUACGGGGCCUGUUCUUGCACCAGGUGCUAUGCACUAUUUCCAUCAGGAAAUGGAUCAUGAACUCUGGACUCAUGGUCCGCAUAACAGUGCAAGUCUAUCACUCCAAUGCGAAUCAGCUCCUAGUAAGGAACAACAUGGAAAUUUAGGUGAAAGCCUGAAGAAUUUCCGUCUUUUCAAGAAAUUUGAUACUGUUCAAGAUCAUUCAGGCCAUUACUUUUCUGGACUUGCAUCUCAUGACAACCUGGCCUCUAAGAGUUGUGCCAAGAGGAUACUGGAGGAGUGGAAGAUACUGGAGAAAGAUUUACCUGAUACCAUAUUUGUCCGAGUGUAUGAAACAAGGAUGGAUCUGUUGAGAGCAGUGAUUAUUGGAGCUGAUGGAACUCCUUACCAUGACGGUUUGUUCUUUUUUGAUGUUUACUUCCCUAGCAACUAUCCCAAUGUUCCACCGCAUGUACACUACCAUUCUUUUGGCCUCCGGAUCAAUCCAAAUUUGUAUGAGUGUGGAAAAGUCUGCCUGAGCCUUCUGAACACUUGGGAUGGUAGAGGGAAGGAGAAAUGGAUCCCUGGUGAAUCAACUAUGCUGCAAGUUUUGGUUUCCAUACAAGGGCUAAUAUUGAACGCUAAGCCCUAUUUCAAUGAGCCUGGAUAUGCCAGGAUGAAUGGCUCAGCCUCAGGGGAACGAAACUCACUGCGCUAUAACGAGAACACUUGCAUUUUUAAUCUCAAGACAAUGGUCUAUUGUAUGAGGCGACCACCACAGCACUUUGAGGAUUUUGUCAUAGGGCAUUACUUUCAAAGCUGUCAAGAUAUUCUUGUGGCAUGUAAAGCAUAUAUGGAAGGUGCUCGUGUGGGUAGCCUUGUCAGAGGGUGUGUUCUCGGCGAUGGUGGCAAGGGUGGUGACAAAGGUGGUUCUCGGAGUUUCAAGGCCAUGUUGGCGGGAUUCAUCGGGGUACUUGUAGAGGCGUUCAAAAAGAUUGGUUGCGAGGAUUGUGAUAAGUUUCUUCCCUUGGCAGAAAAAGCGUCAACCAGAGCAACUCCAGUUAAGAUAGACUGAUAGAGACUGCUGACCAUAUGUAGAUUUCAGUACUGUUAUACACCUAAUGUUGACAAACUAGUUUUCAGACUUGCAUCUUUCAGCUGAAUGUCCAUGUUUUUGGAUGGUAAAUUUGUAUAUGGCUGCUAUGACAAUAGUUUUUCAUUUGAACUAAAUGAUGAAGCAACUGUUUGUUAAA